AGCUGUUGAAAGUACCAGCAUCACUACUGAAAAGAUUGAAUUACCUUCCACACAAACAGAAGUUGCCACUGGUGAUAGACACCAUGAAGAGGAUACCAUUGCAAAACCACAGGCCGAUGUCGCCAAGCAAGAGAAAAGCGACGUUGAAGUGCAAGAAGAAAUGGCGGCAGCGACAAAACUUCAAUCAACGUAUCGUGGCUACCGAACGCGAAAAGAAUUAGAGACUCAACGUAGUAUAAGUGGAACUCCACAGCAAGUAAGAGCUCUGAAAGAAUACGUGC